AUGCGUCGUUCCCCACUUCCUCCCAAAUCCCCCGCCCCGUCAGUAUAUAACCACCCGGAUUUCGAAUUCCGCUGCUCGGAUCCCACGCUCGCCUCGCCGCGUUCCAGACAGGAAGAAGCGCGCGGCCCGAUCGUUCCUUCUUCUCCGACCAGCCGCCGCCGCCGCCGAUCCCCUUUCUGGUGGUCUCGCGUGUCCAUGAGCGCCGCGCUCCAGCAUCAGGUCAAGAGCAAGGUCAUCAUCAAGGGCCAUCUGCGAACCUACAGGUUCUGCGACAACGUCUGGACUUUCAUCCUGGCGGACGCAACAUUCCGGAACGAGAAGAUUUCAGAGACUCUUGGCAGGGUGAAGAUCGUGGCGUGCGACUCUAAUUUGAUCCCACAAGACUAACUUGCCAGGAGUCCAGCCCCUUUAAACCAUGCGUCUCUUGAUGCUAGACGAGUCGCCAGCCACCUCCACACAUGACCACCCAAAUCGCUCGUAUCGCUUAUGAAACAAUCGUUUCGCUCGUUUAUGUCGAUGGUAUAAAUUGUGGAGGACCGGAACAAAGAGUAGAAUGUGACAUGUGAUAUAUUAUGAUGGUGUCUAACUAUGUUCCGGACA